AUUAUAAUUGACUGCUGGGCCCGUCCUACAGUUCAGCGGUGACAUCGUUUCACUCUAGUGCCACAGAAGGUUAAGAGCCUGUUAUCGGCUCUUAUCACACGGCUACGUACCCAGGUGCCGCCCCAUUUGCUCGUUUGACCUGACACCUCAGUUAUCAGUUGCUUGCUGUGAUAACAACGCGCUGUCACGGUGUACCUGUUGAUUUUUAACCCUUUUACCUAUUCUUUUUUUAUUUUAAAUUUUAUAAAAAGUGCUUCGCGGCAGUUGAUUAAUUACGUGAAACCGAACUUAACCACUAUAACGAUGUCUGAAAGUGUAUUAAAAUCCAAUAACAAACAAGACAGCAAAAUUGACGCUAAAGACUAUUACAAUGCCAGUGUUAAGUGUGAUGUCAGUGACGGUGGUGAUAAAAUAGUGAUGAAAGUGGAGAGUGAUGAUAGUGACGCGAAGGCUGUGAGUCAGAGAGAACAUCGGCUGACGAACAUCAUCGAGCAGCUGAGGAACCAGAGCGAGAUCAGAGGUAGCGGUCAGCGAGAACUCCCAGUCGCUCCCAGUAACGGUAAGUGA